AUGGCGGACCGCGAAGAUUGUGGUGCUAAGGAAACCCGGGAAACCGGAUUACUCGAUCCCUGGUGCCUAUCGCCCGAUCUCCCUCCUCAACACACUGGACGACUCUCACACCUUGCUGAAAAGCACGGGCUGCUACCGGACACUCAGUUCGGCGGUCGCCCGGGAAGGACCACAGAACAAGCGCUGCUGGUACUCUCGAAUGCGAUCGACCGGGCAUGGUAUAAGCACAAAGUGGUCACUCUUGUAGCAUUCGAUCUGAAAGGAGCCUUCAACGGAGUCCACAGAACAAGCCUAGACGCCUGCCUUCGAGCCAAAAGGAUUCCCACCGUAGCAAGAAAGUGGAUUGCAAGUUUCAUGAGCGACCGCUAUGCGAACAUAGGAUUCGACGACUUCCGUACCGAGACGGCGCCUCUAGCCAACGCGGGACUCGCCCAGGGAUCGCCGCUGUUAUCUAUCCUAUUCGCAUUCUUCAACGCCGACCUGGUUGACCAACCCGUCACUUUCCACGGGGGUGCUUCGGCAUUCAUCGACGACUAUUUCCACUGGCGAGUAGGCCGAUCGGCCGAAGAGAAUUUGGCCAAACUAUAG